UCCUUUUUCUAUCGUUGCCAUUGGCUACAAGUCAAAACAACAGGGCACAAAAUGUGCUUCUGUCUAGUCGGCUGCAGGUUACGAGUCUAGAAUCAACAGGGAAAAUAAAUAUAAAAAAUAGCCUGCACAGCGAUGCCAGGGACCAAGAAAAAGGCGAAGGAAAGGAAGAGAAUAAGUAAAAAGACUGCAAAAGCUGCAGGCACGAAAGUCGUGGCCCCGGAUGCAAUUACACCUCUCUACGUGCCUCCGCCGCCCGUGCUGGGGCAAAAGCUUUUACAAGUUCUGCAAGGAUGGAAGGAAGAGAAGACCCAGGUGAACGGAGUGCAUGUAUCAGACAGGGCUUCACAGAAACUCUCAAGACAGGAGAUUCAAGAUCUGAAGAUGGUCUUCAAUCUUACGGACAAUGAAAAGACUGGGUAUAUCAAUGAGACAGAGGCUAGGAAAGUGCUGCGGAUUCUCGGGUUUACUGCAGAUUAUCAGCGGAUGAGAAGGACUCUGAAGAUCUUGGGUCACCCGGACGCAGGCAAUGUCCAAAACACAUCAAAAGUCAGCUUCAGUGAUUUUCUGGAACUUGUCGUUGAGUUUGAGGGAGAUGGAAGAGACAUCUGUGAAGAAAUUGAACAAGGAUUCAAGUAUUUAGACUGUGAUAACGAUGGGAAAGUAACAUUUGAUAAUCUGAAAAAAGCCUGUCAGUUAGCGGGCAUUCAUUUCUCACAUCAGAAGCUGCGAGAGAUGAUCGCAGAAGCGGACACAAACGGAGAUGGUGCUGUGGACCGCGAGGAAUUUACAAAAGUCAUGUUAAAGACCAAUCUGUUCUGAAGUAUUGUACCGUCUGAACAGAAUCAGCCCGGUUCAUUCACAAAAAUGUUCGUCGAGUUAACUGCUGCACUUCAAACAAGGGUAUAAAACAGGAAUUUUAAGCACGA